UUUGACUAAAAAAAUUUUCAGGUAACUAUGGCUACCGACAAAGAACUUUGUGAUGGUUAUGGAAAAAACCACACAAAUGCCGACGGCACUUAUUUCAACCCGUGGAGCAGAGAAGCGAAAAAUCUAGGAUUCAAUUUCAAAUCAACGUCUUUUAAAUUAGUCAAGUUCUUAGCUAUGAGGCGAGUAAUUGAUGAUUCUGUUCCCGAUCUAAGCCAAGAAUCACUGGAUGAACAUUUUCCUGUGAUUCCUUUUGACGGUGAAAGUGAAGAAAAUUCCCGUGCUCCAGAUGAAGGAAUGCGGUGCACGUGGUUCGGCCAUGCUACCUGUUUGGUACAGUUUGAUAACAUAUCGGUUUUGACAGAUCCCGUUUUCAGUGACCGAUGCGCGCCUGUCCAACUACCAGGGUUACCGAAACGUCUCAGAAAAGUGCCUUGCUAUGUCGAAAAGUUACCCAAAAUCGACAUCGUAGUUAUAAGUCAUAACCAUUAUGAUCAUCUGGAUUUGAACACUGUGAAGGAUCUGAAUAAAAGUCAAGGAUCAGGCGUGAACUGGUUUGUGGGAUUAGGGCUGAAAAAAUGGUUCACAGAUUUAGGGGUCGAAAAUGUUCAUGAACUUGACUGGUGGGAUGAACAUAAACUGAGAGAUGGAGUCACAGUUGUGUUCACACCUACCCAACAUUGGUCCAAGCGAACUCCAUUCGAUACGAAUAAAUCCCUAUGGGGCAGUUGGAUAGUGAAGGGCCCCCGCUUCAAGUUCAUGCACUUAGGGGAUACAGGAUACUGUCAGACAUUCAAAACAAUUGGAGAUGUGCACGGACCAAUAGACCUGGCAGCUGUGCCCAUUGGAGCUUACCAUCCUAGAGAUUUCCUCAAGGCUCAACACGUGGACCCUGUUGAAGCAGUGCAGAUUCACCAGGACAUUAAAGCUAAGAAAAGUGUCGGAAUUCACUGGGGCACCUUCGAAUUGGGUAGGGAGGCUUUUCUGGGACCCAGACGGGAACUCGAGGCUGAAUUGCAAAAGAAAAAUUUAUCGGACAAAGAUUUUUUCACGACAGUUAUUGGCGAAUCUGUUCAUCUUUUCCUGUGAAAAACAAUCAGUUACAGAAUGAUUGUUUUCACAUCUUCAUUCUAGACUCACUUCUGCAGAAAUAUAUUGAUUGUAAUUAAAAUAUGAACUGUGAAGUGUAUAUAGUAAGGCAAAUUGUUUCGUGAAUCUUGCUUCAAUUUUUAUAGCAAUUGUUUCUACUUUCUGUUUUAUUGGUGCUGCUUCAUUGUUUAAAACGCUGAUUUCAAAUAUGAAAAAUAUUUUUUAAUUCGUUG